AUGGACAUGUCCUCCCAACCGUCAGCUUCAACGCCGAUCGGUGCGAACGACGAUAUGGAUAACUGGAAACCAUACCUUCAUACCAUCCUUUUCUCCCCGAGCUCCUUCUCCAAUUCGCCCGAGAUGGGAGAGCCAUUCCUUUUCCCUUGGUUUCGGAUCUAUUCUCGUUCGACGUUUCUUCUUGCUUGUCUGUUGGCGUUUGGUUUGGCUGUUUUGGAGCGAUAUCUUUCCUUUCUUCUCGAUUCCUGCCUCUCGCUCCGCCCAUCCUCCUCUUGUACUUUGGCAAGGCGUAAGGAUUCGAAUGCUACCGCUGGUGAAGCAAGUGUUUAUGUAACCAUCCCGAGCAAUGCCGCAGUCAGUUCAGGCAGGCGGAGAGAGCCAAGAAAAGCCAAGCUGGUGGCUAGAACAGUGGUGUAUUUUGUAGCAACAUUACUCAGGUAUCUAUUGAUGAUUAUAGGGAUGGGUAUGGAUUGGUUUCUGCUGCUAUCCUUGGUGUUGGGCUUAAGUGUUGGUCAUUUGGCUACUGAUCUUUACAAGCUUUCGACAAUUUCGAAUGGUAUUCGAGUCGAGAGGGGGCUGGAGGAGGUUGAGUUACUACCGCAUCCAGAAACCGAGCAAGAGGGAAAGGCGGAAGGCGAGGAGAGGGGGGAAGGAAGGGACUGCUUGCAUCGUCGUAGCACUUCCACACAUCGACAUGGUGUUACGCCUUACUGA